AUGACUGCCAAAAUUUCCUAUCCUGGCCUCAAGUGCAUUCUCGAGUUUUUGGAAGUUAGUCCACGUCUCUAUGAGCCAUUUGAUGUCAAUCAUCCGGUGAUUGAUUCAGCUCAAAAUGCGAUUUUGAGACUCAUCGGACAUCAAGAUAAGUUAAAUGGCACCGAGAAACUUCAGAGAGGAAAAUUACACAUAGAAAAUACUGGCUUUGAAAAAGUGGAUGUAGUCGGAAUAAUUAGAAAUUGGAUGGAGAAUGGAAGGAAAAUUGGAACAGAAUAUUUACUCUCUGGUGAUGUCGUCUGUAUCUACAAUACGUUCUUGGGUAUAGAAAGAGAGUUUGGCGAUUUCACAAAAAAAUUGGAGGAAGUCAAUGAACGAAUUCUCGAUUCUCUGCCACAAUUUUCCAUUCCAAUGAGUUCAACAGCCAAUAUUCUCGUCUAUGGAACUGAAAAGUUAGUCCCCCGCAUCGUUUAUCGCCUUGUCUUGAGAGUAGUGGCAGUUGAAGAAUGA